AUGUCAACCAUGGCUCGUGCUAAAUCGGUUCAGGAGGAUUCUGGCAGGCGCAAGGGAUUCGGCAUAGGCGCGAGCCUCGGAUCUACUUCUGGUCCUCAGUCGGGCGUCAACACCAACACCGCGUUCAUUCACAAACUUUACAGCAUGCUCGAGGAUAAGGACAUGGAAGAUCUGAUUUGGUGGACACCGUCGCAGACAUCGUUUCUGAUAAAACCUAACGAGAAAUUCAGCAAGGCACUGGCCACGUAUUUCAAGCACGCGAAUGUCGCCAGCUUUGUGAGACAAUUGAACAUGUACGGGUUUCACAAAGUUAGCGACCACAAUGGUAACAAGGGCAAGGAAGAUGACAACACCGCCGCCUCCGAAGAUUCCGUGAACUUAUGGGAGUUUAAGCAUAAUUCCGGAGCCUUUCGAAAGGGUGACAUGGAAGGUUUGAAGCUGAUAAAAAGGAGAUCAUCCCGUAAUCAAAUUUCUGCAAGGAAAAACUCAAACAGUGCUGCUUCCACACCAAUGGAGCACGACGACAUGUGGGUCGAGCCAAGUGUGGUGAGAUCUAACUCUCUCGCUGAAAUUCCAUCGGUAUAUUCAUCUUACCCAGGCAAUGUUGCUCAGUCCGCACCCAAUUGUGGAGUGCUUUAUCCGCAGCCUGAUCCCCUUGCACAACAGUACCCUCGACACCAAUCUCAGUCUCACGUACCUCCGCAAGCUCUUCCACAAUCUCAAGGGGGACCCUUGCAAUCACAGCAAGCGAUUCAACCUCAAUCCCAAAUUCAUGGCCAAACAUCGGUGCAGCAUCCCCAGUCACAGCAACAACAGCAACAGCAACAACAACAGGCAAGUGAUGUGUCACAUAGUGUGACCGGUUUAAAGGCUGAAAAUGGUUUCCUGCAAUCUCGAUAUGAUCAUGCAGUUGAAGAACUCAGGAACACUAACAUGGAUAUGAUUAAAAUGCUGGAUUUAGUACACGGACUAGUAACACUAUCGACGCAAAGUAAUGCUCAACAACCUCUGAAAUCGGAAGAAAUAAAGCGUUCAACUACGCCUCUGUCGAGCCAGCAAAAUGCAACCGAGAAUACUAUGUCUCCUGGGCAAUCCUUGCCUCAACAAGGGCUACGUGCUGAUCAAUUAAUUUCUGAAAUUUCAAGAGUUAGAAACAAUAUCCAUUACAGACUACAAAGGUCUAUGGAGAUGCAGCAGAUGGCAAGACCUUCCCAAGCGGCAGUGCAUGAAUAUCAGGGGAAUCCUACUUAUCCCGUUUACGUCCCUGGUCGACCCCCUAUGCCAAACCUUAAUGCAGCCUCUCCAGCUCCAUCCUACGCUGCGGCUGGUUCGCAAGGUGCACCACCUCCACCCUCGCAUGCCAUGGUGGUUCCCCCUGGUUAUACUUCGUCCUUUUAUUCUAACUCUACUAGUAAUCCUCCAGACUUUUAUAGCACCGGUGCUACUGCCGGUUCGGGGGGACCGACGCCAUAUCUUAUGAUGAAUCCCUUCGAGCAGAAAUCAUCAGCCUCUGUUAAAAACAGGCAUAUGAGCGUAUUCAUGGAUCCUUUGGCCCCUGCCCCUAUGCCUUCAUCGGGCGCCCCCGUAUCAGCGAGCGUAUCACCCAACCCCAUUCAGCAGCAACAGCAUAUGCAACAACAGCAAGGAGUGUAUGUGAGUCAUCCUGUUGCAAUGAGUACAGCUAACCAAUCAAGGCAUGAUUCGCGCACGGAUGUCAGGCAUGCUUCAUCCCAUCCUGAAAGCACUAAAGAGAUAAAAGGCCCUGAAAGAAGACCGAUCUCUCCUUCUAUUCCGGACAGGUUACUGAGCUCUUCUCCGAACAGAGUCCAAAGUAAGUCUCAAGGGGUGUCGAUGUAUAACCCCAUGACAUACAAACCAUAUUAUCCUUAUGGCACCAUGCCUUCUGCUGGUCCUACUUCUGCUGUACCGCAGCAACCCCAGUUUGCACCUGGAUUACCUCAAAGUUCUGUGCCUCAUUACCAAAUGAUUGCUCAGCAGAAGCCAGGUAGACCACAACAGCAUCCUAUACCGAGAGCACAGUCUCCAUUGAAUCCAGGUGCGUCGGCCUCAUCGGAUCAGCAUAAGAUUGUAAAGCCCACUCCAAUAAAUCCUGCCAAGUCAAAGCCCGAAUCAGCACCUCAACCCCGUGAGGAAAAUAGUAAUAGUACUUCAAGAGUCUAUGCUUUGCUGAAUUACGAAUCGAAGGAGCCUCCUGCCAAAAAGAUGAAAUCAUGA